CUCAUUCAAAUACAUAAAUCGUUAUUGCCUCAUGCAAAUCAUGAGUGCUCUGAGACUUUAAAAGAACAAACUCUACGCAAGGAAAUUAUUCCAUCAAAGAGGCCCUGUGAUAGAUUCCAUCAUGCCGUUGAAGCAUAUCGUCACAGAAAAUGCGCCCGCAGCGCCAAUUUCAGGAUUGUUUUCUCAAGCAGUGCGAGCGGGUCCAUUUUUAUAUACACAAGGAACACCUGGUGCUCGUCCAGAUGGCACCAUGGUCGAAGGCACGAUCCAAGAUCGUACAAGACAAGUCAUAAGAAACCUCGAAGAGAUAUUGGCAGCUGAGGAAAUGACCCUUAAAAACGUUGUAAAGGCGACUAUCUUCAUCAAGAAUUUUGAUGAGAAUUUCCCUUUGGUCAACCAGGUAUGGGAAGAGAUGAUGCCUGAGCCUCGUCCUACACGAACGACCGUAGGCGUUGCUCAACUGCCCGCCGGGGGUACCGAUAUCGAGAUCGAAUUCGUGGCGUAUGAUGGUUGAAAGGAUAAAUUUGAAAAUUCAAUUGACUUAUAUUCUAUAUAGAACGUCUCAGCUUUUCAUCAUUCAAAUCUGACCCUGCAUUUCUUAGAUGUGUUUAAGCUUCGUGUAGUAGAAUUGAUUGGCGUGCAG